GUUUAGAUUUUGAAAUUCCAGUUUUUCUUGAUUCUUUAACUGAUUGUAUUGAAUCAAAUAAUGAGAUUGAAAUUGAAGAUAUUGACAAACAAAGGAAUACUGAACCUUUAUUGAUUCGAUAUGAGUGUGAAGGCUCAAUUCUUAUCACUAUUAAACGAUCACAUAGGCUAGUUUAUAUUCCACCUGAAAUUAAAGAAUAUAUUCAGCAAAACAAGCUCCUUACGGUUCCUCAAAUCUAUCGCAAUAUAAAAGCCUUGCGCCUUAAUGGAUAUCUUCAUAUUACACAACAACAGGUUUAUUAUUGGUGCAAAUAUUUGGGACUUAAUGAGUAUAAGAUAGCUAAAGAUCAAGUAGACGAAGCGCAUGCUAUUUGUUCUGUAAUCGAUCCCACUUGGGAACUAGAUUUGAAUAAUGAUAUGAGUGAUAAGUUUACGGCUUUUUGCCGAAAAGAUUUUCGUGAUUAUAUUAUUAAAUUGAUUAAAAUUCAUUUUUCUUUACACCCACUAAUAUCAACCGAAAACUGA